GAUUACUUAAACAACGUAUUGCGAUUUGUUGAUUGACUAUGUCAUAUCCGGUUGCAGUUUCAAAAUGGCAGCGACCUUGUGCGGCAAGUUGUUCUCCAGUCCGGCAUGGCUGCCCCUGACUCAAAGUGUCCGGCAUGGGUCAAAAGCUGUCACCCGUCAUAGGAAGCCAUUGCACAUCCUCAAACAGAAGAUGAUAGCUGUGACAAAAUACAUCCCCCCAAAGCCUGGACCACCUGCAGGCUCUUUGGCCCCCCGCCCCAAGAGGAUCGAGGAGGAGAGUGGUUUGAUGAGGAUUUUGAAGAGAGAUCUCGAGGAUGUGUUCAGGGAUAAUAAGAUGGUUGCUGUGGCCCAAAACAGUUCCUCCAACUCGGAGGACAUGCUGGUCCUGAAGCACAGGCUAAAGAAGCACGACAUCAGUGUCAAGUUUUUUCCUAACCAGGUUGCUAGGGCUUUUUUACCUGGAAGUCCAUACAAAAAUAUGGAGCCACUGUUCAUGGGACCAACUGUCCUGUUGGUUAGCAAAGAACCCAAAGCAAAGCAGAUGCUCCUUGCAUUGCGAGGCAGCCCUCAGAUAGCACUCCUUGGGGCCUGCAUAGAGAACACGCUGCUGUCCCGGCAGGGUGUCCUCGACUACUCCAAGCUGCCCACCGUCCUCACCAUGCAGGGCGAGCUGGUGAGCAGCCUGACCCUGAUGACGUCCCAGACGGUGUCCAUGCUGCAGCGACACCCGGCCCACCUGAGCGCUCUGCUGCAGCAGUACAUCAAGCAGCUGAGCCCCGAGGUCAGCGCCGAGCAGGCCCCCACUCAGCCCACAGAGGCAGCGUGACGGGGUCACUCCUCCUCCUCCUCCUCCUCCUCCCCCCAUCCCCACCCUCCAGUGCUGUAGCUGAGAGUGGGAGAGGGAGAGGCAAGAGACUGAGAGAGAGGGCGAGUUUGCAGAGGAGGGUCUGCAGACUGUUUGCAACCAUUUGACCUCCUCUUGCCGCCAGGUUUGGCUCACUGGACUUGGGCCUUGCCUAAUUGUACUAUAAGAACUGCGUGGUGUUCGUUGGGGAAGAAAAGAUUGAUGUCACCUGUUAAAGAUGUAAUUUAAAACAAAUAUCUAAGUUCA